GAUGACUAAAUACCUCUGUGAUGAUUAAGCACUCCCGGUAUGUCACAUUGUUGGUUUGUGUCGAGGAGGAGCAUAUAUAGAGCAGAGGAGCAGUGGAGAGCAUCAUCCUCCUCCUGACAGGCUGCAACAACAGACAAGACAACAACACACCAACCAUGAUGUCUGCAUCUGUUUUCCCCUCGCUGCUGCUGCUGCUGCUGCUGCUGCAGAGACGCUCCUCUCUGCUGGUCGACGGUGUCGCAGCUCCUCUCACCUUCAGACACACGGACCCGCAAACCGGCAACUCGCUGGAGUGUGACCGCUGCGCACCUGGAACCUACCUGCGCUCGAGCUGCACGGCGACGCGCAGGAGCGAGUGCUUGCCGUGUCAGUCGGGCUCGUUCACGGAGCUGUGGAACUACAUCGGUAAAUGUCUCCGCUGCGGAUCUUGCGGACAGUACCAGGUGGUGAAGAAGGAGUGCUCUGCAGACAGCGACUGUCAGUGUGAGUGCAGACAGGGAUACUACUCCAACAGCUACGACAUCUGCCGCCGACACAGCGAGUGUCAGACCGGACAGGGGGUGCUGAGCAAAGGCACAGCUGAUGAGGACACGGUGUGCCACAGCUGUCCCAACGGCACCUACUCCAACACCGUCUCUGCUCUCAAGAACUGCACACAACACAAAAGCUGCGACGCUCCGGGGCUGAAGCUGGUGCUGAAGGGCUCCGCCUGGCACGACAGCGUGUGCACGAGCUGCCAAGAACUCGUAUUGAGAGACGGAGGCGAUUACCUCAAAGAAAUCAUCCCAUCGUUCUUAGUUCACCAGAAAAUGACCGUCAGGCGGCUGCGUCAGAUCACACACAAGCUCCCGUCCGAGGACGGUAGAAAACAAUCCGCUUCAGGACUUAGCCUCUCAGAUCUUCUCGCCCGGAUCAACACUUGGGUCACUUCUGCCACAGCCAAUCAGAUUCGGCAGCUUCCAGCAAUACUGAUCAAAACCGGGGCGAACAGCGCUGGCGAGAGGCUGCUGAACAAGCUGCAGAGAAUCGACUUGAAUCUGAACGGGCUGUGUGAUUCUUUGGGGAACGAGGUGGAUGUAAUUGUAAUGUCAGGGUAGGCUGAAGUAGAAAAAUGUAUAGUUAUAGGUACCAAAGAGUUUGGCUCGUCCAGUGGUCAUUUGAAAACUUUAUUUUUUCACUUAGUUCAAAAGUUGCUGCCAAGUCAAGUCUAUUUUAUUUGUAUAUCCCAAAAUCGCAAAUUUGCCCCAGGGGGCUUUACAAUCUGUACAGGAUACGACACCCUCUGUCCUUUACAGUGCGACCCUAUUGCCCUAUUGCCCUAUUCAAGAUGCACUAGCAAUGCAGGCUUUAGUACUUUUGGCAUUAGUUAAAGGAGAAUACCAGUCAAUUAGAGAAAUACUUAAUUUACUUCCAUCUGCAUCGAGCUGAUUAAUAUUCCCUAUUUUUCAGUACAUUUCAGGUUUCUGUUUCACCAAACAAUCCAACUUUGAUUGUGUCACCUAGCUUGAAAUGACCCGCUGUCCUGUGUAACACAAAUUUCUUUACAAAAAUCUAUGAAUGUUAUAAUAAACUAUGCAAGGCAACAUGUUUUGGAGGACACUUCAUUUCAAGUCAGGUGAUAAUAAUAUAACAUAGAUCUAAUUUCGACAUAUCGAAGUCUGUUCACUCUCAAAGAUCUGUAGUUUUUGUUUUCUCUGGAAUACAUUUCUCCUCUUGGAUGUACUUAGUAGGCGAUUUGUUUCUAACAACGGGGACGGACCCGGUUCAUGUUAUUCACCCGCCGACUAGCGAACCCGCCCCGUAAACGACUUUUUUAGUUGUUUAUUUUAAUAAUUAGAAAGGCGGGACUCGCAUCGCAAUUACAAAUCCGUCUGCUGCUUCAGCACCACGGACAGCACCGUGAAUUUAUCAGUACACAGCAGUUAGGCUACCGAUAUUUCAGAGUCAUGGUUGGGGCCAUAGAUUCUAACUUACUGAUAUUUCAGAGCUGGAUGUACUGAGUAUUUAUGAGAUCAUAUUUGCACCUUUUAGUAUCCAAUUGUUCUCUUUAAGGUACAAAUUUGCUGCAAAGAUACUACUGCAUGUUGCACCUGGGUCCUUACAGCAACGAGCAUUGUACUCCAAAACACAAAAUCCUACAAUAUUAUUUCUGGGGGUGAAAACAGAGACAGAACCUGAACAAUUAAUAACUUUUACUAACAAAACAAAAUCCCACUGGUAUUACCCUUUAAAGAAUAGAAAGUGUUGGUCUUCAUUAUAUCUACCUCUUUCUAUGUCUGCAGCUAAACACCGACGUGGCGCCGGUCCUGCUUUUACCAAAAGUUUUGUAUUUUGUGUAACGGCUGUGAAAUUAAUUUAUUUGCUAUUUAUAGAAACGAGUUAUAAGAGGAACAGGUUGGAGGACUCGUGUGUUUGCCAUUCAUGAUUUAUAUACAUAAAAAUUUGUAGAAUUGUAUGCAAGUGAAGCAUGGAGCAUGUGUGGCACUGGCUUGUUUGAAUGACGCCAAAUAAAGAUAAUCACAAAUGUAA